AUGAACCCCAUGCCCCUGCUUCCUUUGAGACACUCGUGUAGACAUGAGAAGGCUGUAUCCAGGAUCAUGUCCAUUCAGACACCCUCAGAGUCUGACCCGACGGACGAUGACUGCCUACCGAAGAGAGCGGGGACACGCGGGAGCCUUCCUCUUGAGGCAGAGGAAGAUAUUGGGGACAGGUUCAGCAUGAGCUCAGUGAGCCCCUGCCCAAAGCAGGAGCCUUCCCUGGGCAGGCUCACCUCAGGCAGCCCCUCUGGAGAGGAGAGCAAGCCGUGUGUGCUGAGCCUCCCCCAGGACAGCCUCAGUAACAUGGUCCUUCACAGCUCACCAACACUGGAGUCCAUCAAAGAGCUGGACGAAGGUGAGGAGCUGAGCUCUGGACGACGCAGCCCCGGAGAUGGAGAGGUGAGGGCCAAAGGCAGGGAUGCAAACAGUGACUUACCUGACUUUGACCUUGGGGAGAGAAACUUUGCGGCACCGGACAACCCAGAUUCUAGAGAUGGGGAACUGCAUGGACCCGUCUUUGUACAAACGGCAGAGACAGCACAGACAUCUGUGAAUGUCCUGAAUUUGAAUGAGGAUGCUCUUACAGAUGUUACCAGUUUAAACAGGGACUUGUCUGAGGAUAGGUGUCCUUUAGAGUGUAACUACAAAAAGGAGGAGAAAUCCCAGGAAGUAAGUUCUCCAAAUGUUUGGGGGUUUCAACCAGGGCUGGUCAACCGCAACACAACAGAACCCAGUGAUCACACUGAAACUCCUGAUGCAUUGGACCACGAUGCCCUGCGGUCAUCUUUUGUGUCACUCCCAAAGGAACAUGACCUCGGAGCAAAGCCUGAAGAUCAGAGGGACCUCAUUUCUGUAUGUUCUGAGACUGUGGUGAAAGACACGAGAAACAGAGAGGAAGGACAUCUUCUAUUUCUGUUGACAAGAUCAGGCAAAAAUACAGAUGAGAAUCAAACUCAAAUAGUUGCAGAUGCAGGAGCAGACACAUCAAAAGAUUCCCUGAUUGAGGUCCUGACUGCAUGCAAGUCUAAAGUGGAGCAGCUUGAGCUUCUAGAGCAAUCAUCCCGCGAGCUCACCGCUCAGCUCCAGUCGGCCCAGGCCUUGGCGGUGGGCCUUCAGUGCAGGGUGAAGUGGCUAGAGCAGGGGCACAGUCUGAAGCGGAGGGAGGUGGAGGAGCUGCUGGUAGAGCUGAAGAGGGCCAGAGAAGCUCUGGAGGAGAAGAGCUCCGAGAUGGACAGAGCCUCUGCCCAGAUCCAGCUGCUGCAGCUCCGGCUGGGGGAGCAACAGCAUGAUUUUGCUGCAGGGGUCUCAGGUGUUCAUGCUAAUGGACAUACCAACACGGGCGCUUCACAGCCGCCCAGGCAAAACAGUCCUGACUCCAGGGUGUGCCGUUUAUUGUAACUUUUCUUGAAAGUAUUGUUGCUUUUUUUAUUUAUUCAAAUGUAGCAUGCAUUGAGUAAGUCCCUUGUUAUUCCUCUGUUUUCAUUAAAAUUGAAUGAGGGAAGAUUGGUCUAUGUCUGAGAAAGGUCUUGUAAUAUGAAUCUAGCUAUGCAUGGGGUCUUUUACUUUCAACACUUUCUCUGGUUAGCUGUCUAGGCACAAUGAGCCCCUGGGGAAUGAAUAAUUCAACAUGUUAGAGCAAGUUACAAAGACAGGUCAAGUAUGUGUCUCUGUGUGUGUUUUCAAGUGUGUGCGUUUGUGCAUGGUAGUGUUUUUCUGCCUUACGAAGUUGCAUUGCAAUUUAAAAGACUUCACAAAUGAAAUAAAGUCUGACUGUUUUAGGGUUGAGCAUCCCAAGAAGGUUGAUGAUGAUCUACAAGGAUAAUCGAAUAACAUUUUGUCGUA